AUGGCCUAUUCGGCGAACAUCGACAUUUUGUGGCGCUUCUCGGAACGUCUGUGCCUAGGACGUAUAGAGGUUAUGGUAACAUUGUGCAAUGUGCUUGAAGUCAUGAGUGACUGGUUUGUGGAUGAUGAGGGGUCGUGGUUUAGUACUGGGCAAGUGGACAGUGGAGUCUGGAUCGUCGAGUUCAGAACCGUCGAGCAAUUCGGAGCACUGGAUCGUAGUGACGGACUUGGAACAGCAGACACUAACAGAUCAUGA